UUUCGAUUGUCUAAAAGCAUAAAAAUAAUUUAUUCUUCUAUGGGCGUGAUUAGCACAAUAUAUUUGCAAAACUCGUUAAUCGUGAGGAUCUUGACAUGCCUUGGACUAUAACAUAGCCGACGUGUUUAAUAUACAAAGUGCAUAUAAAGAAGAAAAAAAUUAUGAAACAGAGUCAGAAAUGAUUUUGAUCCCAUGUCACGUUGGGUAACAAGACACUAUACUUGAAAUAUUCUAGUAGUAAAUAUAACUCUGUUAACCAUAACCAGAGUUUCUGUAAGAAACUUUACAAUUUAUUAAGAUCGAUAAAAUGGUAAUCAAAUUGGAAGCGUGGUUGUAAUUAAAAUAAACUAUCACUUUUACAACUUUAUUAUCACGAUUUACCGUAUUUACAAAACCCAAUUUAGACACGUGCCGGAUACGUCGUGAUGUUACCAACAAUUAAUCUUUAUUCAUCAGUCACAAAGAGUAAACCAAUUAAAAAUACACUUAACGAAACAUAUUCAUAUACAGGUAAGCCUAAAUCAAAGUUUACGUGAAGGCGUACCUAUAUUCAUAUUACGAAUCAUAAAAAUUACUUUCAUUUAUUUAUUGAUACAAUAAGUCAUUUAAAUAAAUGAAAGUUUUACAUAUCGAGAGAGAGUGAUAUACUUAUGAUCCAUGGAAGCCAUGUUUAAACCCGGGUCGGAGUUUGCCAAAUUCCUCGACAACAACGAUCUUCUCGGAUACAUCCGACAGAGAUUUUACAUAAAGGAAAACUAUAUUUACAUGUGCGGAAACUCGCUAGGGCUAGCUUCCAAAGAUUCCGAAGAGACAGCUCUAAAAGUUUUAGACAAGUGGAAGAACGAAGGUGUUAAAAUUUGGAAUGUAGAUGAUAACAAAUACUUUAUGUAUUCAAUGCAUCUAGCUAAAUUAAUGACACCGAUAGUUGGUGCAGAUCAUGACGAAAUCGCCAUCGUGUCAGCUACCACAGUUAAUAUCCAUCAGCUGAUAAGCACGUUUUACAAACCCACCAAGGCUCGUUACAAAAUCCUAUUAGAUAAUAUUAAUUUUCCCACAGAUAGGUACGCCAUAGAGAGCCAAGUUAGAUUAAAGGGUUACACACCUGAAGAGGCGAUAAAAGUAGUUGAAUGCACUGACAAAUAUAUCGAAGAAGACGACGUUAUAGCUGCCAUGACAGAAGAUGUGGCAAUAGUAUUUCUACCAGUUGUCUAUUAUAGAACAGCUCAAGUCCUAGAUACGAAGAAAAUAACCGAAGCCGCAAAAGAUAGAGGUAUUCUAAUUGGCUGGGACCUAUGCCACGCAGUUGGAGUGCUUGAAAUGGAUUUAAAGUCUUUAGAUAUAGAUUUCGCUGUGUGGUGCACUUAUAAAUAUUUGAACGGCGGUCCUGGUUCUCCUGCGGCUCUAUAUAUAAACAGGAAGCAUUUUAAUCACCAGCCUGGGUUAGCCGGGUGGUUUGGAAACCGAACGGAGACACAAUUCAUGUUACAGCAAAAUUUCGAACAUCGGAAAGACGCUGGGGGUUGGCAGAUAGGAACACCGGCUUUGUUGUCAAUGGGAGCUCUGGAAGGAUCCCUCAAGGUGUUUGCUGAUGUCGGCAUGGUGGCGAUUAGAAAGAAAUCAUUGCGGAUUACGGGAUACUUAAUUUACUUGAUCGAUGAGGAGUUGACCAAGUUCGGUUUUUCGGUUGGCAAUCUCCGAGAAGACAGUAAGCGAGGCGGGCACGUGUGUCUGGAGCACGACGAAGGUUAUAGAAUAUCUUUGGCAAUGAAAGCAAGAGCUGUGAUCCCUGAUUUCAGAGACCCCAACGUGAUACGUCUUGCACCGACUGCUCUAUACACUAGCUAUGAGGAAGUAUACAAUAUGGUGAAAAUUAUAAUCGAUAUAGUUAAAAAUGAAACUUAUAAGGAAUUUAGUGUAAAACGUAAUCUAGUUGUAUAGGUAUGUAUUUUAACAUUUAUAUAAUUAGG